AUGGAGCUCUCUACUUGUUCUUCAUAUUCAACUUCUCUUCGUUCACAUUCUUCCAUAAUCCCCACAUGGAAUUCCCUCUCCUACUUCUCUUUCAAACCACCCACUUCUCUCAAGUCCACAACCUCCAAACACCUUCCUUCAAUUGGGAUUUACCAUCACCAUCACACAAGUUUCUCAACUCAUGUUUCAAAAUCAAAGAAACAACAUAGGCCCAUUUCCAUAAGGGCCUGCAGCAAAGUUGGAGCAGCUGGAUCUGAUCGUCCAUUUGCUGAAAAAGUUCUAGAUUUGAAAGAUGCAUUCUGGAGAUUUUUAAGGCCACAUACUAUACGUGGUACAGCACUAGGAUCUGCUGCUUUGGUGUCAAGAGCGUUGAUCGAGAACUCAAAUAUGAUAAAGUGGUCUCUUUUGCUUAAAGCGUUCUCUGGUCUUCUUGCUCUGAUUUGUGGGAACGGUUAUAUAGUUGGGAUCAAUCAAAUAUAUGACAUUAGCAUUGACAAGGUAAACAAGCCUUAUCUACCUAUAGCUGCAGGAGAUCUUUCGGUCCAAUCUGCAUGGUUCUUGGUUAUAUUUUUUGCAGCAGCUGGCCUAUUGAUUGUAGGAUUGAACUUUGGACCCUUCAUUUUUUCUCUUUACUCCCUUGGCCUUUUUCUUGGUACCAUCUAUUCCGUCCCUCCACUUAGGAUGAAACGCUUUCCUGUCGCAGCAUUUCUUAUUAUUGCUACGGUACGAGGUUUUCUACUUAACUUUGGCGUGUAUUAUGCUACUAGAGCUGCUCUUGGACUUGCUUUUGAGUGGAGCUCUUCUGUGGUUUUUAUCACAACUUUCGUAACAUUUUUCGCAUUGGUAAUUGCUAUAACAAAAGAUCUUCCAGAUGUUGAAGGAGAUCGUAGGUAUCAAAUAUCGACCUUCGCUACAAAAUUAGGAGUUCGGAACAUUUCUUUCCUCGGUGCUGGAAUUUUGCUAAUGAACUAUGUUGUUAGCAUUGCGGCAGCAAUUUACAUGCCACAGGCUUUCAGGCGAUGGUUACUGAUUCCAGCUCAUACAAUUUUUGCAACAAGCUUGAUUUACCAGGUGCAGAUAUUAGAAAAAGCAAAUUACACAAAGGAAGCAAUAUCGGAAUUCUACCGAUUCAUAUGGAAUCUGUUCUAUGCUGAGUAUGCAUUAUUUCCUUUCAUCUAG